UCAACAUGGUGGUUGAAGUUAUGUAAGCUUUGCGUGCCGCGUGGGUUCGUUAUUGAAGUUUGCCAAAGUGCGGUCAUUUUCUGGAAGAGUCGACUUGGAUUCUACGGCAGCGAAUAGAAAAAAAUGCAAAGUCACGGUUUGCAGACUGAAGAUAAGCAGUGGGACACUGUAUCUAAUCGAGGAAGUGUUGGACAGCACGUCUUGUCUCUGAGAAAGGUCAACCUUUACAACACUGCCCGACUUACACCAUCAAGUGUCCAAUUGCCAAUCGGACAGUCUUGUUAGCCCUGGUUACUGGACGUAGACGCUGGAUCGUUGGAUGUGUGUGAUAUAUAGACCAGCAAUCUACCAGUGUCAUCCUCCUUGUGUGUGAGGCCAGUCAAGAUGUUGCUCUGUGAGAACAACACGCUGUGGACGUCCGUCUGGGUGGACGAGGGGAUUAACCAAUGUUUCUUCGACUCCAUGUCCGCUGGUGUUCUGUUUGUCAUCAUAAUAAUAUGUGGUUUUACUCAGUGUUUCUUCUACGGGCGGUACGCCACUCUCAUCCAGCCUCGCCGCAUCCCCUGGUCGGGAUGGUACAUUGUACAAAUCAUUAUCACGGUCCUCAUGGCUAGUGAGACUCUGCUACACAUGAUUGUGCAGGACACCUCCCUUGGACAGCAGUUGUAUGGCUACGAGAUUCUGACGGCGAUGCUACUGUUGGUUGCAUGGAUUAUCUCCCUUAGACUGAUGAGCCUGGAGAGGAACUACGCCUUGCCAUCGAUACCAACGAGAGGCCAUGGACUGGUGUUGCUCCUGUUCUGGUGUUUGGCGUUUGUCAGGGAGAACCUUGCUUUUGUCUCAUGGUGGAGUCACAAAUGGUGGUGGUACAUGGAUAGCAUGGAGAACCACUUGGAGUUUGGUUUCUGGGUGGUGCGUUACGUCUUCACCCUCGCGCUGUUCAUUAUGGGGCUGAAGGCUCCAGGACUCUCCCACAUGAAGUACGACAUCCUGGUCAAUGAUAUGUCUGGUGGUGGUGUGGGUGGUCAGUCCUCGUCCACAUGGAGCAACAUCAUGCAGAAGCUGCGGAUGAUGAUCCCGUAUUGCUGGCCGAAGGGCAAUGUCCUGCUGCAGCUGACGGUGUUGAUGUGUCUGAUCAUCCUGGCAGCGGGACGAGUCAUCAAUGUGUUCGUCCCGAUCUACAGCAAACUGAUCAUAAACAGCCUGACCCCAAGCAAGUUAACUAGUGGCGACAACUUGACUGCUCCAACCUUGAGCUUCCGGUGGGACUACAUCCUGGCGUCCGUGGGACUCAGUUUCCUGCGAGGCGGAGGAGCAGGAACCUCGGGGCUACUCAACAACAUUAGAUCGUUCCUGUGGAUCAAGGUACAACAGUUCACCACACGGAGAGUCCAGGUCAAGCUCUUCAACCACCUCCAUCAACUGUCCCUGCGAUGGCAUCUGCAGCGGAAGACCGGGGAGGUUCUGCGAGUGGUGGACAGAGGCACCAACAGCAUCAACAGUUUGCUCAGCUACCUCCUCUUCAACAUCGUUCCCACCAUCGCAGACAUCGUCAUAGCUAUUGUAUACUUCAUCACAGCCUUCAACUACAUCUUUGGAGUCAUUGUGUUCCUGUGUAUGGCCCUGUAUCUAACAUACACCAUUCUCAUAACUGAAUGGAGGACCAAGUACCGCCGUCUCACCAACAAGCUGGACAAUGAAGCCAAUGGCAAGGCUGUAGACUCGCUGAUCAACUUUGAAACUGUAAAGUACUACGGAGCUUCAGACUUUGAAACAGGAAGAUACGAUACGGCCAUCAAGGCUUUUCAGUCAGCUGAGUGGAAGUCCACGGCAAGCCUCAAUCUCCUCAACCUGGGGCAGAACUUCAUCGUGAACAUCGGCACUCUGACAGGGUCGUUGCUGUGUGCCUACGCCGUCGUGCACGGCCUCAGCUCCCUCAAGUUAACGGUGGGAGACUAUGUGCUGUUUGGCACCUACAUCGCACAGCUGUAUGCUCCCCUCAACUGGCUGGGGACGUACUACAGAAUGAUCCAGCAGGCAUUUAUUGAUAUGGAGAACAUGUUCGAGCUUCUUGACGAAGACUGUGAGGUCACCGACACCCCUGGUGCCCCGGAUCUUGUGCUGAAGGAAGGACAGAUCGAGUUCCGUGAUGUCAGCUUCCACUAUGACCCUGCGAAGCAGAUACUGAAAAACAUCAGUUUCACUGUGCCGCCCGGACAGACAUUUGCUUUGGUGGGCCACACAGGAAGUGGAAAGAGCACAGUGAUCCGGCUGCUGUUCCGCUUCUAUGAUGUCAACAAGGGAACUGUAUUUAUUGAUGGACAGGAUAUUUCCCAGGUGACCCAGAAGUCGCUGAGGAAGCAGAUAGGCGUGGUCCCCCAGGACACAGUGCUGUUCAACAAUGACAUCAGAUAUAACAUCCGGUAUGGCAAGGUUGAUGCAGCCGACAAUGAUGUGUAUGAAGCUGCUGCCUUCGCUGACAUCCACCACAGAAUACUGGGUUUCCCUAAUGGCUAUGAGACGGUAGUUGGGGAGCGAGGUCUGAAGCUGAGUGGGGGAGAGAAGCAGAGAGUGGCCAUCGCCAGGACCAUGCUGAAAGCUCCUGCCAUCGUGCUGCUGGAUGAGGCUACUUCAGCUCUGGACACGAAGACGGAGCGGAACAUCCAAGCAUCCCUGGCCCGAGUGAGUGAGAACAAGACCACACUGGUGGUCGCCCAUCGACUCUCCACCGUCAUCAACGCCAACCAGAUCCUCGUGCUGGACGAGGGGGAGAUUAUCGAGCGGGGAACGCACGAUGAACUUCUGGAGAGUGAAGGUGCCUAUUAUGAAAUGUGGCAGCAACAACUCACCAAAACCGAGGAAGGUGAUGAGAAUGGUGAUGAGAAUGGUGCCAGCAACGGCGGUGAUGGCAAUGGUGACGCCAAAAGCUGAAGGCCAACUGAAAGAUCCACACCGGUGUUGUACAUCUUGAAGGUCCACAACAGCGGUGUACAUCUUGAAGAUCCACAGCGGUGUUGAAAAUAACUUGAGUUCUCACAGAAUGUACAUUGUGUAUGUGGUUGUUUUUGUAUUUGAAAUGCAAAAAGCGUUCUUGCCAUUACAAUUGUGAUAGCUUUUAGCUUUUGCCAAAUUGUGAUGACUGCACAUCGACAGAGAGGGCAGAUAAUGUGGGUGUGUACAGCAUGAUACAGUGGACCCAGACACUACUAACAUUGAGAAAUGUACUGCUAGCUUCCACAUAAAAACCUUGUGGCAUAUAUACCUGGGUAUAUUAAUUGUACUUGUGGCCAACAUGUAAAAUGUGCAGUGUUUUUAAAAAAGUAUUUAAGCCAAGGCUAAAAAAUGAUCUGAUGGAACAGAAAUCCUACACUUCUGAAGUAAUAACAUUGUUGUUUGAUGGCCUGGAAGGGGAGAGUAAUAACAUUGUUGUUGAUGGCCUGAAAGGGGAGAGUAAUAACAUUGUUGUUGAUGGCCUGGAAGGGGAGAGUAAUAACAUUGUUGUUUGAUGGCCUGGAAGGGGAGAGUUUGUCCUCGAUCCAAAGAUUCCUCGUUAAUAGUAAACGGCCUGACUGUCUUGUGUGGUUUCACUGUAGACAUCAUCUUAUGAAUAAUGAAGUAACCAAAGAAACAUCAGUGUUCCUUUUAGAUGUGAAUGUCCGAAUAGCUUCUAUUGGCCACAUCAUUUUUAUUCUAUGUUUGACUGAAUGUUUGGUGACAGAUUAACAACAGAAACUUGCAAUCAAGUGUGAAUAGAUUAGUGUUUUUAAAUACUUCUUUGGACAUGUGGGUCUGUUGUGUUUUUAAAUAGUACAUCGUCCUGAGGCAGAGGAGUAAGCUGACUAUAAAUGUCCAGUUUCCAGCCUUGCCGAACUAGGCUGGAAUGAUGGAGUAAUGUUUGGCUGUACAAACGAGUCUAUGCAUUGUCCAAUCUUGUAACAAAAUCGUCAUCUGGUUCGUAAACUGCCUUGCAGAUUUGGGUAGAUUGCAGGAUUAGUAAAGCAUGUAUGAUUGUACACAAUUGUUUAUUGAUUACAAAACUGUUUAUUGCCUGAGAACCAAUUAUUUUAUUUUUUUUAGCCUUAGUAUCAACAUAAAUCUUUUCAUGUUCUUAUCAAAGUGCUCAUGUGGUUCCCAAAGUAAGACCCGUUUUAUUACAAUAUAGAUCUUGAUUAUUGAUCAGAUCAUCUUCACUGGGCGCUGCCAUUUUGUUUGAAGCAAGUGAUAUGACAGGUGGAAUCUGAUUGGUCGAUAGGAGAGGCAUAGAAGGGACAUAACUUGUAAUAGCCAAUGAUGCUGCUAUGAUCGAGACCAGAAAUUCCAGCGUAGUUCGGCAAGAAUGGAAACUGGACUUUUACUUUUACUCUGACCGGUUGAUCAGUAAAGAAACCAAUAAGACAAUGGCCCAAGUUAUUUGUUGUUGAAUGCAAUGUAUGAUGUUUUCAUCAUUAUUGCUUGUUUAUGUCAGGAAGUUUUUGUUUGAACCAGACUGUAUACUCAAUAGAUAUUAUUAGAUUUUAUUUGAAAUUUUCUUACUUUGAGGGAAAUAUUUCUCUCUUGAUGAAAUGAUUUUACAUCAGUCAGGGAGGUUGAAUCAGGAAGUGAUUCCCGUCAUCUGGAUCUUUGCAAGGAUUUGAUCUGAGGUUUUCUUGACACAGAUUUAAUGAUAUCCACACCUACUCCUACCCCUAGCUCUGACACUGAACAUACAGUAGCCAGUAGCCUGACCAUACAGCAGCCUGACCAUACAGUAGCCUGACCAUACAGCAGCCAGUAGCCUGACUAUACAGUAGCCAGUAGCCUGAACAUACAGUAGCCAGUAGCCUGACCAUCACUGUCAGACAUGAAGCAAUGCAGCAUGGAAAUAGCGGCCUAGCUGGUAGUUUUUCUUUUGGGGGGGGUCGUAUUCUUUGAAACCCCCAAUCACGCAUAUCUAGUAAUAUAUUUGGAACUUUGAAGUUCGAAGAUCCGAUAUUUGAUAAGAAAAAUAUCCUAAAUAAAUUUUCUCUAAUCACUACUUAUCGUCAAUCACUGGCAGGUCUGUGAAUCAACAAAGACAGAAAUCAAACUUAUUUUGUAUCAUGCAGGAGGUAUGGAUGACAGUCUUGUUGGAUUUUAUGAUGUUUUAUUGGCAAACCAGAACAUUUUAUCUUACCAUUAUAGAUCAGAUUGCUUACACAGGCCUAGAAUGCACAUUAAGUCAAAGAACAUUAAAGUUGUUUUGAUCUCUUGUAAAAUUAAUAUCAAUUUGUUUUGUAAUUUUCAGCUCCUUGUGUUCUGUACAUUUCUCAGUGUGAUGAAAAUCUUAUUUUUGUUUGAAAAUAUGCUGUUAGAGACAUGAAGGGGAUAUCCAAAUAGGACAACAGAUCUGAUGAGGACGCGGAUGUGUAAUUUGGUAAUGAGUGCGUGGAUGAUGACACUGAAGGAUUAGCACAUCGUGGUUACCCCUGAAGGUAACUGAGGCUCAGAGUGUGAAAAGUCACCAUGGAUGCAUUCUGAAAAAUGCAGACCAAUGGGUGUGCAUGAGUAAUGGGAGACAAAGUAGACAACACGCCAUGCUUUUUUAACUUUAUGUUUCACGGAUUUAUUCCAGCUUUUCCACACAAGGAAAUAAAUUGUUUUAUCUGAAAGUCAUUCUGCUGUGGAGUUAACACUGCAGCUGUCUUCUUGAAUCACUGAGAGUGAUGUAGACACGGAGUCUAUACAUAACAUUUUAUAUUGUAUAAGGGUUCUAUAUUACUGGCGGGAGACAAUAAAAAUAAAUAAUUUUGUAUUUUAUUUAUUUCUCUUCCAGCUGCUUUUCUGUUGGGGUAGCAGAUCUUAUACUGGAAUGUGACACGAUUACUGUAUAAUUGAGAAUUUGGCCAUAAAUGUUUUGUCUACUUUGUCAUCCAUCAACUUUUCUAGAAACAGCCAUGAUGACAUUGAGGCUCAGUGACAGCCAUGAUAACAUCUUACUGCGAUAAUCCUGCAGGGAAAUGUGAAUCGUUUUAUCUUAUGUUCUUUUAUCUGAAGAUAUUAGUCAAGAAUAUUUAAGCAUGUCUUUUGUUAAACCCUGAUUUGUUCCUUGUGAUAUGAUUUUAAAUUGCCUGGUUUUAUAUGUCCUGUGUUUCACCAUUGUCACAUCAUGUUCUACAUUGUAGGUAAAAAGGAAUAUAUGAAAGAAAACACUGCAGUGAACUAGGCAGAUUAGUAUGUCGGAAGAGAUUGUAUGUUAUCCCAGAAAUCCACACUCAUGAUCUCAUCUUGUGUGUCUUGUCGUGCAUUCGUUGUCAACCCAGGAAGAUCUGGGUUAGAAUCGGUCUUCAGUAACUUUAUUAUCGUAAGAGGCGAAUUACACGAUUGUGUGGUCAGGCUCUCUGACUUGGUUGUGUUGCAGUAUUGUGUCGACCUAUGCUCAUGAUGUUGUUCACUAGAUUAUCUGGUCCAGAUUUGAUUAUUUCGAGUGUCAUUACAUAUCUGGAACAAUGCUGUUUUAAAAAAACAAAGGAAGAAGCUGACAAACUUUAGAUACCAAUGGUAAGGAACAAAUAUCCAAGUUAACCGUUGACAUCCAAGUUAACCAUUGACAUCCAAGUUAACCGUUGACAUCCACUGUCAGCCAUUGCUACAUGCAGGUCGUUCAGGGAAGUUUGGCGUUGUUUACUUGAUAACCCUGCACUGCAGGUGGAGUAGAUAGGUGGAGGGAACGGGGUAGUUUUAUAUGGAUGUUUGACAUGGGUAGAAGGUAGUAGUGGGCAUGAUGGACACAAUGGCAUCAUGGUUCAUAAAGAUUGCUGGGAAUUUGCUGGAGACAAAUGGCAUUAGGACAUCUUCAUGAUUUUGUCAACUUUUGAUAGGACAUUCAAUUCUUCUAUUUCUCUACCAAACUUGAAAAUAUAUGUGGGACAUUUUGGAUUGCAAUUAAUAUCGAGGAAACGAAUCGAUCUGAAUGUUCUGAGGUUGAAGGUAUCCUUUACUCACACGAGCCAAUGUUGUGUACACAAUAUAUAUAUGUAUUUAUUCUACAGGCACAUGACACAAACAUCAUAUUAAAUCAUGUUAUUAUAUAAUAGAAGCUAUUAGAGGGUCUUGAUUGGGGGUGUUACAAGUUAGUAGUCGGUCAGAUUUUAGGCCAUUGGUCCAUUAUUUGUCUUAGCUUGGUCAGUAAAUAAAACACUCAAAUAGAGUGAGUGAGUGAGUUUGGUUUUACGACAUGGGUACAAUGUGUGAAGCCCAUUUCUGGUGUCCCUCGCCGUGAUAUUGCUGGAAUAUUGCUAAACAUGGUGUAAAACCAUACUCACUCACUCACUUCCCGACCGCCCCCACUCAAAUAGAGGACAAGCUGUUGAAUCUAAAAUGCAAAUCAUCUCAAUGCGAAUGUGGAUCGUCAGUAUAUCUGUAGGGAAACAUGGGAACAUCUGGUUCUACUUUCAUUUCAUUAUUCACAGUUCAUGUUUUGCAAAUACCAAACAUGUAUUGUGUCGUUAGAUCUAUGUUUAUACAACUUUUAUGAGAUUUUAGCAUGAUUGCGAUAAACGGUAAAAGUUUUAAUUUUAGCUUAGCAGUUUUUAUGGACAUUUUACAUAUAUCUUUUACAUUAAAAAUUUAACACAUCUUAUGUUUACUAUAUUGGUUUUUAAGGUGUUUUUGUCUGGACCCUCAUUCAUGUAAGUGUCUAUUCCUGUACAUGUUUGUGUCAUGUGACUGAGUUUUAUCACUAUUAUUCCUAUUAUUAGAAGUUUUAUUCCUAUUGUCUCAUCAACUGCAUUCAACACAUAUAGCAGUACUCUCUCCUGAGGAUUCCUAUUGCAAUGUCAUGGCACUGUUCGUGUUGUUGAAAUACAUGUGUAUAUCAUCAAUUGACAUCCAAACUGAUAAAGUGAAACUCUCCUCCUCUGAUAACUCAGGCCAACUUAGACUGAUGUUGGUUGUGGUCUGAUGCUUACAUUCAGACCCGUGAAGAAUCCAGGGUAGACUAUGUCUUCAGCAACCCAUGCUUUCCGUAAAAUGUGACUAACGAGAUUGGGUGGUCAGGCUCGCUGACUUGGUUGAUGUAUGUCAUUGUAUCCCAAU